AUGCAGAACUUUGAUGCAGCUGUUGGGGAUGUUACAAUAACUACGAAUAGGACAAGAAUGGUUGAUUUUACACAGCCUUACAUGGAAUCAGGACUAGUUGUAGUUGUUCCUGUCAAACAGGUAAAAUCAAACCCUUGGGCUUUCCUGAAGCCAUUUACUAUUGAGAUGUGGUUAGUCACCGGUGCAUUCUUCCUUUUUGUGGGAGUCAUUGUUUGGAUUCUAGAGCACAUGAUUAAUCACGAGUUCCGUGGUCCACCAAGGGAACAGCUCAUGACUAUUUUUUGGUUUAGUUUUUCGACGAUGUUCUUCUCACAUAGAGAGAACACUGUGAGCACUCUAGGACGGCUGGUGCUGAUUAUAUGGUUGUUUGUGGUGUUGAUUAUCAAUUCGAGCUAUACAGCUAGUUUGACAUCGAUUCUCACUGUACAACAGCUGACAUCACAGAUUGAGGGGAUAGACAGCUUGAUAUCAAGUAAUGAUCCAAUCGGAGUUCAAGAUGGGUCAUUUGCAUGGAAUUAUUUGGUUAAUGAGCUCAACAUAGCGGAAGUUGUCAAAACAAUGGUUGCCAAGGGAUAUGUUCUGGGACAAGAUGCAUUAAUCAAGGGGAUUUGUCAAAACAAUGAGUCCUAUCAAGUAUCGGCUGCUACAACGUCCAAGGUUUAUGAGUUAGCAAUUGAAUAUGGGCUCAUCAAGGCAAAGAAGCUUUUCAAUCACCUCAAUAGCUCAGAGUAUGUAGGUCAUGAUACUUAG